AUGUCCGCUGCCGUGGAUAUUCGGUUCGUCGAAACUGGGGAUAUUCUCGACUGCCUUGGCGAAACCUGUGUAAUCCGACUGGCUGGUGACAUGAUCGACGAGGCUCUGCUGUGCGAAGUCGUUCAUUAUCCAGGGAAUGAAGUCACGACACAGGCAGUCUGGCUUCGAAUUAUGCAGAGUGAACAGACUCGGAGCAAGAGCACCACCUCGCACACACCCUCCACCAUUGCCGUUGCCGCCGCCGAACCCCGACAACUCAUCGAAGAUCUCGGUCUGAAAGACGGCUCUGGAAGAGCUGUUCGAGGAUGCGUCCUACGACCAGUUCCAGUAUCUGACCAUAUUAGCGUGGGCCAAAUGGUGGCGACGGAGUAG